CUCUCUAUGGCGGGUGGCGGGCGCUCUCGCCGCACCCGGCCGCGCUCUGUGGUGCGGCCCCGCCCCGGGGCGGCCAGCGGCCCCGCGGAGCCGCUCGAGAGGAACCGCGGCGACCUGAGGGCCCCGAGAAGCCGCCGAGACCCCGGCUUCAAAGCCCGCUGCUCCUCGGGCAGCGCCGGCUUCGCGCAGCUCCUGCAGCGGUGAACGUGUAAACGCCUUGGAGGCGCCUCUGCGGAGCCCCCGACGAGGAGGAGGAGGCGGGGAAGAGCCGGGAGCGGCUGCACAGCCCCCCUUGGGUUUCUUUCGGCGACCCCAGCCCGUCUGAAACCUCGCUGCGGCUUUUCCCUUACCUCAGCAUUGCAAGGGCCCAGCUCAGGAUGUGGUGCAAGAGGCUGGCGUGUCUGCUCAAGGUGCCGUGCCAACCAAGCGGAAGCGCUGGACAUCGCUCAUCAUGGAUACUCCAUGGCAGCAGGACAGUCCUUGUGGCUGCGGCUCGCUGGCAUCACAAGGCCCCAGAGUCUCUCAGGUGUGCCUGGCAGUUACACGGGGACCAUCUAGAGCUCAGGUACGCCAACACGCUGAUGCGAUUCGAUUUUGUCUGGCUGCGGGACCACUGCCGCUCAGCUUCCUGCUACAAUGCCAAGACGAACCAGCGCAGCUUGGACACAGCAAGCGUGGACCUGGGAAUCAAACCCAAGGCUGUCCGAGUGGAUGAGACCACACUCUUCCUUACUUGGCCGGACGGGCAUGUGACACGUUAUGGGCUGGAGUGGCUGGUGAAGAACAGCUACGAGGGGCAGAAGCAGCAGGUCAUGCACCCACGGAUCCUCUGGAACGCCGAAAUCUACCGCCAAGCCCAGGUUCCAUCCAUUGACUGCCGGAGUUUCCUGGAGACAGACAAGGGACUGAAGGAGUUCCUGCAGAACUUCUUGCUGUAUGGAAUUGCUUUUGUAGAGAAUGUCACUCCCACCAAAGAGGACACGGAAAUCUUGGCAGAAAGGGUCAGCUUAAUCAGGGAGACCAUUUACGGUAGAAUGUGGUACUUUACCUCCGACUUCUCUCGGGGAGACACUGCCUACACCAAGCUGGCUCUGGAUCGUCACACUGACACAACAUACUUCCAGGAGCCCUGCGGCAUCCAAGUGUUUCACUGCCUAAAGCACGAGGGCACAGGUGGGCGGACGCUGCUGGUGGAUGGUUUCUACGCGGCAGAGCAAGUUCUCCAGCAAGCCCCCGACCAAUUCGAGCUGCUGAGCAAGGUGCCCUUGAAGCAUGAGUACGUCGAGAACGUGGGAGACUGUCACAACCACAUGAUCGGAGUCGGGCCAGUCCUCAAUGUCUAUCCCUGGAACAAUGAGCUUUAUCUGAUCAGGUACAAUAACUAUGACCGUGCUGUCAUCAACACUGUGCCUUACGAUGUUGUGCAUCGCUGGUACGCCGCUCACCGCACACUUACCGCAGAGCUUAGGAGACCAGAAAAUGAACUGUGGGUCAAACUGAAGCCGGGCAAGGCACUGUUUGUAGAUAACUGGCGCGUUCUGCACGGACGGGAAGCGUUCACAGGGUACCGCCAGCUCUGUGGCUGCUACCUGACGAGAGAUGACGUGCUGAACACUGCACGCUUACUGGGACUCCAAGCUUAGCACAGUCCCUGCUCUGCAGAGCAGCUGUCCAACCACCAGCACCACCACGAUGAAGAUGUUGCACAUACCUCAGACACCUCCACCCUUUCCAAGCCAUUUCUGGUGCCUGCGCAGGAGAAGGAGCAGGUGGAAGCCAAAGGUUAUGGGAUUUUGAUGGGACCAUAUUCUGCCUUCACGUGUGAUCAGCUCUUGUUGCCUGUGCACCCCGCUGGCCUUGACGCCAGAGACGUCAUCUCAGCUCUGCUGGGAGAGGGUCAAUCGCACCAGGUUCCCAGCACCGACUGAUGUGAAGUGCUCCUCCAGUCAAGUGCCUUCAGGUUCUGAAAUCUUUGCAUUUUUCCCUUUCAGCCUUUCUGUCAGCUGGCAGUUCUGGGUGUUUUUUCAGCAGAGCACAAUGGAAAUCUUUGGGAUCUUGUCUCAUCCAGACUGGACUUUACCUCUUCUAGAGUAAAUGAAAAUCUAUGGUGCCUGUUUGAUGAAAAUGCCACUACUCAAGCCAGCGGCUGUUGGUGUAUCUCUUUCUUAAAUAUGCUGCGUAUCUCUGCCACUGUUACCGAUACUUGAGGGAUGAUAUGGAAAGAGGACCUGGAGUAGUUAGGCUACUUCUGAAAAGAUUUAUGUUAGAAAGAAAGGGGCAAGUAGCAAGAUCUGCCUGUUUGGAAGCAGAAUUGACUGUGUUAGAGGGAUGUAUUUCUCAUGUUUCCUUGGUUUGUAGUAACAUAAUGUAAUUUUU